UUGCCAGUUCUGCUAUUGCUUAGGCAAGGAAAAGGUUUUGUUAUUCUGUUGUUUUUGUGGUUGUUAUGCUUGGACAUUAUAUUGGACUGCGUUUUCUGCAAGGCGAGAAGCAGCACUUGACUUUGAGCUGGUGAUCAAAGGGAUGCUUGCUAUUGUCUCACAAGAUGUGUGGCUUUUAUUUAUUGUUAUUGUUUUUUCCUUCAGGUUAAUUGUAUUUUCCAUGGACUUAGAAUACUUACUGGGUGCAUGCUGGCCAAGCAAAGAGAAUGAACCCAGUGCUGGCCAUGUAACUUUUGUAGUAUCUGAGGGCUCGUGUACUUCAGGUCUCUGAGAGCAUGAGCUGGGGAACAAGGUUGGUGGCUUCGUAAAGCCUCUUAAAACCAACAAGAGUUUAGAGGACAGCACAAUCUCUGAGGCUGAGCUUCCUGUGAACCAUAAUGCUGUUAGCACUCUCGUCUGGUUCUGGUUUUGUGUCUAUUGUCCACCAACUGGAUUUCUUAGGAGCAGUAUUUGUGUGCCUGCUUGAAGAGGAGGUAAGAACAGGGCGCACAACUUGUACUACCUGGCCUGUGUUUUAUCUUCAGUCCUUUUACCAGCACCAUAUUAUCUGGUGUCACUUUGUAAGGGUGCCGUAAGCUUCAGACACUCCAGGUAUUCCAACAAGUUGCAGUCAGAGCAUUCCCAGACUUAUUCUGGAAUACAGCACAAGCUUGGAGGGAUCAGACAAUCUCUCUGUUUAUCAUCCUAGGCUUAUACCUUAUACCACAACUUCUCCAUCUGUGAGAUAUUAGUUGUUCUGAAAACUGUUGACAAUGUGAGAGCUAAAUUCAAAGACUCAUUAAUGCAGGAUACAUUUAGGGAGCAGGAAGAAAGAAAAGACCAGUGAGCAAGUUCUGUGUCUUGAGCAGAUGAACAUAGGUGGGGAUUUUUCUUCUAUUUUUUUCAUAUUUUUAUAAGUUUGUUCAAUGUGUAAAGGUCAUAUAUGGUAAAGUCCCAUAUACCUGCUCUCCUCUGCCAUACUUCAGGUGAUGUGUGCUUGUUUUUAAGCAAAAAUAAAACAAUAAAAAUAAACAUUUACUUCACUUCCUUUUAUCAUUGUACCUUAGUCACCAAGCUGUUUGAUUCCUCUGUGUCCCUGCUGCCCGGUACCACUAUUGAGUUCUAACUGGACUCAGAUUUGCCUAGAGAAGCACGGUGAGAUUGCUACCCAGAUAAUGCACGGAGGAUUGGGAAGGAGAUGGGACGAAUGGGAGUAUGAAAGCAAAUGGAAUUAGAUUUUCUCUUCCCUGCCCCCACACUGCACUCUCCCUAGUUGUGUUUCUGUGUGCUCCUUAAUCUAAUUUAGUUGCAAAGUGCUCUCUAGAGUAACUGGUCUGUAGUAGGUGGGGAGGGUUAGGCUGCAGAUGCCCAAAGUGAUGUUAACCAUCAGCCCUGAGCAAUAAUAUUGAGGAGGUGAAGCACCCUUGCAGCAGCUUCACGCUGGCAGAAAAAGUAGAAAACUCUGCUCUAGAAGACAUUGUUGCAGAGCCGCUCUGAAGCUGUGCCUGGAAGAAAUCCCAAAUGCUGAAUAAAGAGAAGAGAGAUUUUCAUAUAUUUUAAAACUUUUCUUUUGUUUCUCUCUCUUUUUUUUUUUUUAAUUAAGAGCUCAAUCUUUCAUUUCACCAGGGAGAUUAUUUCAAGCCAACAACGUAGAUUCUUCUUUCAUCAUUCUCUUUCAGUUCUUUUAUAUGUGAGGAGUAAAAUUCCCAGAUAUGUAACACAAUCAUCCCGUAUGCAUCUUUUCAUCAUUUGGUUCUGAGGCACAAUAUAAAAUAUAUGUAGGAGAAGGAGGUCACUCUCUUUUUCUGGAUGCAUUUUUUUUUUAAUUUAACUUUCAGUCAUAUUCAUUUUUUAAUAGACACUUUCUGCUCAGGUGGGUUCCGUGCACUUUCCUAGAGUUUCAUGUAUUACCUUACAUUAUGGAAAAUACCAUAAAAAUACUUGCCAUUUUUACAUCCACCGAAAUUCAUAACCUCAGUCUUGCUUGUUAGCUAUUCUGAAACACUGUGAAUUAAUUGCCAGUAAUACAGAUGGUGGACUUGGAUUUUAGGAUGUUGUGAUGUGUUUUUUGUUUGUUUGUUUUAAAAAUCUUUGACACUCUUAUUUUUGGCCAGUUUUCUGUAUUGAAAACACUCUUGAUUUUAAAAAAGGGAAAGGCCAGCAAUUCCACGGAACAAAAUCCACUAGAAAGUUUAUUGACACAGAUUUUUUAUUUUAUUAUUUUAUGUCAAUUCACUGAUGUCAACCAGUAUGGAUUUUUUUUUUAUUUUUAUUUUUGAUAUCAAGAGUCAAGGAGCCCCUUAGCAGGCAGAUAGCAUAGGCUGUUGUUGAAAAUGUUUCCUUUUGAUUUUUUGAGAGAUUAGUUGAAACCCUGACCCUCUGAUAUACCUAAUGUGGGAUGCUAAUGCUAGCACGAAUGGUAACUCACAUGGCAGGAUAGAGACAAAAGAUGGUUGGAACCAGAAAGUAUGUAAGGAAGCAUCAGCAACAUUUUUUUCCUGCGUCAGCAAUUAGAAAAAUUAGUUGUUUUCAGGAGUCUCAUUACUCAAUAUUUCUCUGAGAGUUGUAGAAAAUAUAGUUUGAUGUUUACUCCUUUGGACAGGUAGAGCAGAUGUGUAUCAGCCAUGUGGCCAUUUGAUGUCCAAUGUGUGCUGAGAGCUUCUUACAGCUGGUCUGGAGUCUGUUACUUUGGCUGCCAUCAGCAUUUCCAGCAUCUGUAUCAGAGUCAACAGCCUGGUUAGCAGGAGGGACGCUGGCUAUUAUGAUAAUCAGGGCAGACUGCCAGUGCAAAAAGCUAUUUUUUUCCAGAGGUUUUUGUUUCAAAUGCUUGUAAGUGAGGACAGAAAAAUGAAGGGAAAGAGAGGCAGCUUGACAAAUUUCCCAGAGAAGAUGCUGAUUUCUUUACCAUUUCUCCAAGCCCCCAAUACCCGUGCUCUCCUGUUUGAAGGGUGACAAAUACUGAAAACAGAUCACAGCUCUUAACCAGUAAGGCAUGUCUGACCUGAGAUUUCCAGUUUCUCAAGGGAGUGCUGACAGUGAUAGCGCACAAAGUAUUCCUGGUCCAUUACCCUUAGUAUGCAGCACCAAAAAAAUAUUACUUACAUAUUUACUGAAAAAUAACUUGGUCACAGGCGGCAGGAUUUCUGGGACUGUGAAACUCCUGAGGUCCCUUUCCUAGGGAAUGAAUCUUAAUUUUGUUCAAAGCUGUGAAGUUUCAAUGGGAGAGAUCACAAGAUGCCUGCUUGUUUGUGGUACUUUGCCAUCAAGUGAAAAUGUAGGAAUUCAUGUAGCCGAGGAAUUUAUGAACCUGGAACUUCCAAAUUUAUGAACCUGAGACUUCCAAAUUUGGGUGAAUGAACUAAUACUGGAGAAAAGAAACGGUGCUCCUCUUCAUUGUUAUCCUUUUUGUGACUUUCAUUUCUUUAUUUUCUGGUUCUGUUCAAUGCUCACCAGAAAGCUGCUGUAUUGCUUCACCCAGACAUAUUUCCUCUCCAGGCAGAGAUCAGGGAUAGCCAAGCCCCCUACGUGCACCAGUGCUUGCAGCCGUAAGGUUCCCUUCAGUUGUCUAAAUGAGGCUUCAUCUACUUUCUCUUCUUGAUCAGUCGGUAGCAGACAACCACCAUGAUGUUACUUGUGUUAGUUAUUGCUCAUCAGUUAUCCAUCAGCAGUGGCCAUCUCAUCACCUGCUCCAAGGAGAGCUUCAUGCAGACCGAUCAGUAGUCGGUCUCUUUAUACUCUAGGUCACCCCUGAUAGUAUUUCUGGUGCUCCCAUGAGUGAGCAGCAUGGGUUAAUAGUCAGGACACACAGACCUUGGCACUCUGUCCUUAUCAUGCCAAAUCCAGGCUUUCAACAAGCCACAAAGUUCCUGAGACAUCAAGUCAGAUGGGGCACGCAUUUCCUGCAGGAAGGGGUCUUCAGUGACCGCCACACAUAUUUGCUUCCUGGUACAAACAUUUUCGUCAGGCUCAGAUGGCUGUGAGGUCUCCUUGACAGGCCUUGUCACUCCUCCCCUGCUCCCAGGUAACUCUCUUCUGCAAUAGCAGACCCACGUGUGGUGCAGGAGCCUCCUGCUGCCAGCUCCCAUCCUUUUGGGAGCCUCCAUGCGUUUUUCCUUUGAACGUAGCUGCAUGCUGUCACUUUUUCCUUGCAUUGCAAGGGUUUGGGAUCCUCACUUUCAGAGGCUCUGUGAAGGCUCUUGGUCUCUUGUUCACCCUUCUGGAUGCUGUGCAGUCUGCUCACCUCCUUCCCCACCUCACCAGAACUCCUGCAUUUGACAACUCUGGACCUGCAUCAAAGCAUUUGUCUUACACAUGAGGCCACUGCAGAGGCACCAGGUGGAUGGACCAGGUUAUCCUCGUCUAUAUGCACGAGUGCUUCAGAGAACACUGUUCAUGAUCUUACUUUCCCCUAGAAAAAAUGCACAGGCUUUUCCUAGUUGCAUCCCAACUGGCCAUAUCCCUAAUGAUUUCAUCAUUUAGGAGAAUUUCAAGCAUUCAUUCUGUUGUGUGGGCUGUGAAACUGCAUGGUACUUCUUACAAAUUAGCACUGUACGUGCCAAAAUGAGAGAGAAUGCAAGGGGGACUGUAUCUGCCCAACUACAUGUACCCUGUCUGUAGAUAUCCAGAAGCAACUUCUUUAGGGCUGGAGGCAGGAUAGCAGAUGAGAUGUAUAGAGCCAGUGAAGCAAUUGUUAUGGUCCAUAUGGAACAGAGUAAAGAAUGCUACAAAACUUCAGUGCCUUUUUACAAAACCAGAUGAGACAACAGAGUUAAUAAUGCAUAUGAUACCACCCAUCCAGUUGUAAAGAGGGUAUUGCAGAUCUAAACAGUAUUCAGAAGAGGGUAAUGACAAGCUCACUUGGAGAGGAAUCAGAAAGAUUGUAAUUAGAACCUGGAAGAAGAAGAAUAAAGUAAAUGUUAUAACAGUCUGUAAAAUACUAUAAAGCCUUGAGAAGGGAGUAAGAGAGCCUCUGUUCUCUCUGGUUACACAGGAGCAAGAUAGUCAGUGAAACAGGUGAUAAACCUAAAUAAAUCCCAGUAAAGGGAUGCAUUUGUUCUUGAGGCAUCACUUGCUGCCACACAUAGUAUGCACUGGAUGAGUAUGCGUGCAGGGCAGAAACUGGUCUAAAUAGCAGCGAUGACACGGUGUGUGCUGUGAUAAAGAAAAGGACCGCACUGGAAAAAAUGCCAAAGGCUGUUAUAAAAUACAGGGAGGAGGUUAUAAAAUGGCAGAUGAAAUUCGGAGUAGGUAAGUGUGAAAGGUGAUGCUCGUGGUGUGUUUAGGAGGGAAGCAGUUCCAGUUCCCAUAUUGGUUAGUGGCCUCUGAGCUGACAGGUAGAGCUGAUAAGUGAAACCUUGAUGUUGUGGAAUAUCUAUGUCUUUGUGAAGCUAGGAUACUUUAAAUAGCAAAAGUCAUCAGGAAAGGAAUACAGGACAAAACGAAGGUCACUGUGGUGACACUUGAUGAUAUGCGUAUGGCUUUUCAGAGUUUUCAUAUUGUACCUGAGAAAACUUCAGACCUUGGGACUGAUCUGAGGUAGUCUGAGUACCUGUCGGCCUUGUUCUUGAAAAGAGCAUAUCUUUGUCUUGGUCACAGGAUGAUGGUAACAGCAGUUGCAGGUAUUGGGCCAUCUCUGCCACCUGUGACCAAAAGCAUUUGCUCUAGAGUGCUUUACUUCUUAGCCCCUUUACUCUGAGGCAUUUAUAGGGGCUUCACUUUGUGAGUGACUGUGAGAAAGCUAGCUCAGCGAGUAAAUAUAAAAUCUGUUUAGAAACAUUUAAAAAAUGGAGAUACGAGAAAGAACUGAUGUUGCCUUCCAUCCUGAUGGUGUUCCUCCAGAACCUUUGCACCCCAUUUUUACCUUUAUGGAAAAGAAAAUUCGGAAAUGUGGAGACUCUGAGGGGAGGUAGCUUGGGAGCAGUGUCAUCUAGGGUCAGUCAGAACUUUGUCCAAGCUACUGAGACGUAGGAAGUACUUUUUUCUUCCUUUAAUACUUAAAGCAAUGCCAUUGCUUCAUCCAAGGCCGCUAUCCUCUCUUUUUCAAACUUAUGCAGCCCCCUCCAGUACCCUUUUCCCCACAGGAUCUUCCCAGGAUUUGUGCAAUUACAUAACUUUGGUGGCAGGGGAGUGUAGUUUUUGAUAAAAUUAUGCUGAUAUGAGAUCUGUUUUCUUACCAGCAUGAGGGUUCCCGUCCAGGUGAGAUGGUACAGUUUGAAGCUGGCAUUUGUUUAACCUGUUCAUUUCUCAGUUUUUCAGUCAUGGAAGGCUUGGAGAUCUGUUUAAGAAGACAUGGGUUAUGGAGGGUAACUAUUACUUCAGCUCCAGUUAAUAACUGCUUCCAGAUGCAGAGGAUUCUCUUCUGAGAAAAAAAUCUAGUUUUUCCUUUGUGAUUUUUUUUUUUUGCCCCCCUCCCAUGAAAAUGUUCAUUUUGGGGUGAAUCCCAAGACCGUCCAUAACAAAUUUGACAUUAUGGGAUACAUGGACCUUUUCUAUGAAACUAACCAUUUCUUCUUCUAAAUACAGCCUUCUGCCAUGACUGAGGCAGGGAUGAGAAGAGUCUUCUUAUUCCCUGUAUUGUCCCAGUUGCACAACCGACCUUUGCAAUGCAGCAAUGAACUGUAAGCACUCAUUGCUGAGACAUAUUUUAGACAACAGAGCUAAAAAGCUAGAGAAUGGGUUGAAAGGUUGUCUUUUAAAAUUUUUGGAAGUAUCUUCUGCAGCAAGCGUACAAGAAAAAUCAUCAUCUCACCUUCAUUUUUACAGCAGAGGGUGUUCAAUACAGAGAACCAGGGCUGAGUAGAAAAUCUGAACUUGGAGGGGAACAGAGACAUGACAGAUAAUAUGAUGAGCAGCCCGUGCUCGUAUGCUGGAGGUGUGUGGAGUCAUGAAGGUCUUCAGUGCUAAUGUAGGUCAUUUUUUUGACAAUAACUCCUUCAUCAUUACUGGUCUUUGUUCAAGUCUGCUAGGCUUGUCGCUAAGGUGCCGUACAGACAGCGUUAUGCUUUUCCCCUCUCUGUGACACCCUGCCUUCAGCAACACAUUCUCCGUGGUUCCACAGAUAUUAAUUGAAAGUGAUGGAGGUUUUAGCAACUUGAUCUUAUUUAUUAGAGAACAGAGGAGAGGAGAGGCUUUGCUAUGUUUUUCCAGGAGCCUCUCUCUGCUUGCAGGAUCUGACACUGAGCUGUUAUGCUCAGCAAGCAUUUUUUUUUUUUAGCUUAGUCAGCUGCAGCCCAUUGAUUAGAUCUCGGUCUCCUCGUGGCUCAGACUGCACUGCAGUAGUUUGCAGUGCCUUGCUGAAAAUACCAUGCAUGUGCGAGGGCGGCUCUGUGAUUCGGUGGGUAGAGAGGAGAGGUUGUGGGCAGGGCGAUGCGUAGCCUGUGUAGACGAGCAUGAUGAAGGCUGCAGAAAUGUGUCAGCUAAUUGAUAUAUUUAUUUUCCAAGUGUCUGUGCACAGUGUUAAAAAUAGCCUUCACUGCAGUGAGCAAGGUAUUAGAAGAGGAGAGUAUGGUACAUUUUGCUAUAGUUUUCCUCCCUGCUGGAAAGUGAGCUAUAAAAUAACACAAAGGAUGUUAACUCCUAGAUCCUAAGACCCCAAAUAUUCAAACAUAGAAGUCCAGUAGCUUUUUCACGUACUUUUAACUUGAAAUGUAUCUAAGAGUAUAAUGUUACUGAUAAGAUUAACAGCUUUGCAGUAGAAUAAACAGAUCUGUGAAGCUGUAGUACUCAAAGUGCUAUAUUAGCUUAGGAAAGGACGUAAUUUUUGUCUUUAUAUUGUGGAAAAGGUAAUUGCAGAAAAGGCUGACGGCACAGCAUAGUCACAUUAAUUCACAUAGAGAUGGGAAGAAGGAAAAAAGCGGACCUAUGUCUUAAAAACAUUGCACAAUUAAUGUAUUAUGAAAGUGCCAUUUCUGUGGGAGUGAGUUAGUUACAGAAUGUUAUAGAACACUAAAACUAUAGGACAAUAUAGAAAAUUGUGUACAGGUUCUCAUUAUUACUCUUGUUGUUGGAGUACCAAAUUUGGACUUAAGAAGGGAGUUUGUGUUGUUUUAAAACAUUACAACUAUGCAGUUUAAAUGUACCAAUUCAAAAUCUGUUGGUGAGCAGGGACUUUUGUAUCUUGUCCAUUAGAACUUGCUGGUUUUUUGCUUUCUGUACCUGGAAGCCCUGGUGCAGUGACGGUGACCUCAGAUCACCUCUGUCAGGUUGUUGAUGGUUUUGUUUUUUGUAGCAGCUUUCUAGUCAGAGCUCUUGUACUACAGGGGUGAGGGGAAAGGGAGCAGUCAAGGCUCAAAUCCUAUACACGCCUGGAGGGCACUGAGAUCCUAUUUUCCAUUUCUGAGUACUGCCAUGCUGUAGGGGGCUUCAAAACACCUGAAUGUGUCAUUCCUUCCUUUCUGACUGGUGCUGUUCCAUUUGAAGCUCUGAUUAUUCUUCCCAUUGGACUACAGAAAGAGGAAAAGAAAGCUAUUGCUCUGCCCAGUGGUGAGGGAACAGGGGCUUCGCACCCUAGGCAAGUGAAUGUUGAGUUGGAUUGCAGGUCAAGUCUCCCCUACGUCAGGUAAGUGCGUUUGCUGCCAGGUUACAGAGUGCCUGUCACACACUUUCUCUCUUGGUAAUAAAUAUUAAAUUAUUCCAUGCACAAUGCAUCCUUUCCGACAUGGAUGUUCUCAGUCUUGCAUCUCAAAGCGUCCUGUAGCUUACAGGUGUGGGUGCACUCUGGAAGGAGGGAGGUGUGAUUUUAAUGUCUGUCUGGGGAUGGGGGAGGUUGGACUUAGCUCUCCUGCAUCCGAGUGAUUGCCACGGCAGUCUUUUGUCUUUUGCCUCCUUUGAAAAGGACCGUCUUUUCCACCUGACUCCAGGAAAGCAUUAAGAGCUGUAAAUCCUAAGUGAGAUGUGUCUAAUUCUUGACAGCUCUCCAGAACAUUUCCAUUUCGCUCUGUUCGCUGCUCUGUGUAAUAAAUAGUGUGUGGAAACCUUAUCUUUCUUACUUAGCACUUCCCAUGCUUUCCAUGGGGAUAUUCUGUGCUACUUAAUCCAAGCUCUAGUGCAGAAAUCAUGUGUUUAGCCUGUUAUUCAGAAAGACAAAAUGAUCACUUCUCUGUUUUCAGUGUUUAAAUCCAUUGGAAAUUUUGAGUUCUCCUAAAAUGAAGAAGAAAAGAUAGCCUUUUAGCUAAUCACCUUCACGUCUUUUGCUUUGGAAAGAAUACUCCAGGACUACUAAGUGACUUUCUCAAAACUAAAUUUGUUGCAGAACCUGCAGAAUUCAUAGAACUUGCACAUUUUUUGAUAAGAGGAAUGGUGACAUUCAAGUAAGAAGCUCUGUUUGGUUGAUUGCUUUUGAUGAGUUGAUUUCUAUUGGCAAAUGUAUGUCUCAGCCAAGAUUUUUCUUCAGUUUCCUGAACUUUGUUUUAAGGUCCGUUAUAAUAUUAGCUCUUGCCUCUGAUCAGGGUGAUCGUUGCAUUUCCAUGCUGUGUAAUUCACACCUUAAGAUAACGUCUGUUCACAUGGCUUAAAAGCAACACUGAUAUUCAGUCUGCUCUCUUGCAAACCACCAUUCUGCAUCCCACCACAGGUGGCGGAGGUCUAGCAUUCUGGACAGGGCACUGCAGCAAGCAUCAGGAAAGGGGAAAUAGCCUGAAUUAGGCAGCUUUAACACCUGUGAAUUUGGCCAGCCAGUGACUGUGAGAAGAUGACUGGUGAGGAGGCAAGGUGGUGGUUGCAGAAAUAAACAGAAAUCUGAUGUGGGAACCCAUAAAUAAUCAAACAGGGAAGGGGACAUCUCUUUUAGCUUUUAGAAACUAAAGCACUGAUGUUAGAACUUGCCCUGGGUGAAAAAUGCAGGAGAUGGAAGAGAGCAAAUCCCCUUGCUGGUUACUAAUAUCAGUCUGUUUGACUGGGGAGCAGAGGAGGUAAUUCUAGGGAGGCAAAUCACAGUAGAACCUGUAUGCGUCUGUGCUCUCACAUUUGUUUUUUAUGCUUUCUAUUAGGAGUGUGUGAUAUGUGAUCGGGGGAAGUUAGUCUCUAGAGGGACCCCUCUCACCAUUUACAGAGCACUCACAAACCACACAGGCUCGCUCAAAGUUUUGUGUCUAAAUUAAACCACAUACAGCGCCAGGCAGCGGCGCGGGGAAGGAUGCUGGGGGGUGACAACAGCUCGACAAGACGCCCAGUUCUUUUGGGCUCUUCUUUUGAGGCUGUGUUUGAUGCGUUGGCUUCCCAUCCGCUGCUCGUAACCAUCUCUGCUAUGAGUUCCUCGCAACGUUGCUGGUUUUCGAGGAACAGUCCGUUAUGCUUCAGUGAACGCACACAAAAACCGAGAGAUGGGUAGACAUGAUGAUCUGUGGUCCCUCUUUUACAUGUUGGUGGAGUUUGCAGUUGGUCAGCUUCCAUGGCGAAAGAUCAAAGAUAAGGAACAAGUUGGCAUGAUAAAAGAAAAGUAUGAACACCGAAUGCUGCUAAAACACAUGCCUUCAGAGUUCCACCUGUUUCUGGAUCAUAUUGCAAGCCUGGACUACUUCACUAAGCCAGACUAUCAGCUAAUCAUGUCCGUGUUUGAGAACAGCAUGAAAGAAAGAGGCAUCACUGAAAAUGAAGCCUUUGACUGGGAGAAGGCUGGUACAGAUAUCUUGUUGUCCACUAGCACCUCUACUCCACCACAGCAGAACACCAGGCAAACCGCAGCCAUGUUUGGUGUGGUUAACGUCACUCCAGUACCUGGCGAUUUGCUUCGUGAGAACACUGAGGAUGUCCUUCAGGGUGAACAUCUGAGUGAUCAAGAGAACGCUCCUCCCAUCCUGUCAGGCCGGCCAGCAGAAGGUCUCGGCCAGACACCAAACGCCGCUUUCAACGAGGCAGAAGUUUGGGAAGAGACAGAUGUGAAUCGCAACAAACUCAGGAUCAGCAUCAGCAAAACUCAGUGCAUGGUGGAAGAGGAGCAGAGAAACGGUGUCUGCCCCAGCUCCCCAGUCCGAGUGCCUCCGGAGUCCCCUACUGCGCAAGCGCGCUCCCUAAGAUAUCGCCGUGUGAACAGCCCCGAGUCAGAACGCCUCUCCACUGCUGAUGGCAAAGCAGAUCUACAUGAAAGAAGGUCUCGAAUGGAUUUACCUGGCUCUCCAUCACGGCUUGUGUGCUCCUCCCAGCCAGCCCAGAUGCUGUCCAUUGACACUGGCCAAGCUGACCGGCAGGCAAGUGGUAGGAUGGAUGUGUCUGCUUCGGUGGAACACGAAGCCCUUAGCAAUGCCUUCCGCUCAGUGCCACUUGCAGAGGAGGAGGACUUCGAUAGCAAGGAGUGGGUUAUCAUUGAUAAGGAGACAGAGCUGAAGGACUUUCACCCAGGUGCUGAGCCAAGCACCUCUGGAACCACGGAUGAGGAGCCCGAGGAGCUAAGGCCUAUUGAAGAUGGUGAGGAGAGGAGGCGCUUGGGGGCAGAUGCUGCAGUCAGGCCGAAGACACAUGAUGGGCGAAGUCGGGGUAUGCAGCCUGUGACUGAGGAGGACAGUUCCCACAGACAUGAAGGACCUUCUCAAACAGUGUCUGACAGUAAACACGAACAGCAGACAGGAAGUCCAGCCCACUCCCCCCUACACUCAGCACCAGCUAUCCGACAAAGGAGACGAGAAUCUGAACCUACUGGUCCUCAGAGACAGGCAUAUACACUGAAGUCAUUUGAAAUGAAUGGUCUGCCCAAGGCGGUGCCUUUAAGUUUGCCUUACCAAGACUUCAGAAAAGAUGUGUCAGACUACUGGGAGAAGCCUAAGGUAUCCCAGCGGAUAAAGAGAGUUGAUUUCUCAAAUGUUGUCCUAACUGCUCCUUGCAAACCCCUGGAACCUUAUCUGGAAAUGAAUGGAAAAGAAGAGGAGGAAGAAGACGAGGAAGAAGACGAGGAGGAAGAAGAAGAUGAGGAGGAGGCAGAGGAGGAAGGGGAUGAGAUUGACAUGCAUAGUGGUUCCAGCAGUGACCUGAGUCAAAAAAGCACAGAGCGCAGCCAGGAGUGUGCACCAUCCACACUCCUGGCCGAUGACCAGAAGGGAUCCAAGGGUCGAGCUUCCACGGCUGAUGGGGACCUGGAACUGGAGGAAGGCUCAAAAACACUAGUGCUGUUUUCACCAGGUGAUCUGAAAAAAUCCCCGGUGACCACAGACUUGGCUCCAGAAGUUGAUCUGGGGACUCUUGCCGCACUGACACCUCAGAGCGAGCGGCCGCAGCCGAUGGGUAGCCAACUAGAUGUAUCUGAGCCAGGGACCCUGUCCUCAGUCCUUAAAUCCGAACCAAAGCCUCCCGUGGCAGUGGCUACAGCUUCUUCCCCGUUUACCAAAGUUGAGCGCACAUUUGUUCAUAUAGCUGAAAAGACCCACUUAAAUGUCAUGUCUUCCAGCGGCCAGCUGAUGAGGCACGAGGAGUACUGUCCUCCGGGCCAGUUUGAAGAGGUGAUUAUUGAAGAGGAGCUGGAAGAUAACCUGGUGCUGGUAGAGAAUGGAAGCAUCCAUUCGGGGCUAGAAGGGGCAGAGACAGAGAGCUGUGCACUUUCGGCUAAUCACAUUGAAAUCGCCUCGGAGACGGUGGGAGAGCAGCAGACCAUUCCCAACGGCAUAGCAAAGCCUCCAGAGGACAAGCCAGAGUCCUUGGACAAAGUAGCACUCUCUCUGGAUUUGGAAGAGCCUGCCGAGGUGGUCACGAAGGAGCCUGAGCUUGAGAAGUCAGCGUCAGUAACAGAACACCUUAAGCCAGCAGAGAUCCUCCUGGACACACCACAGCAGGGUCCCAGGAGGCCUCUGGGCUCUAGGUAUAGAAGCCGGAUCCCCAUUUUGUUCUCUGAGGAGGACACUGGCUCAGAUCUCUCAACGUCACUCUCAGCCAAGGAGAGGCUUUAUAAGAGGGCAAAGCAACCUGACUUGGCUCGUCUCGUGAUGGAGAAGAGGCAAAACCGCCUCCUCAGGCUGGCCUCGGGGGCGUCCUCCUCAGCAUCCUCCAGCGACGAGAGGCGGCGGGCCUCAGAAACCCUGUCAGCCACCGGUUCUGAGGAGGACACCCACGACUCUGAUGACUCCAUCCCACGAAAGGCAGGGAAGGAGAAGGCUGGCCUCCUGGGGAAAGAAGAGAAACUCAUAAGCACAAAGAGCAGAAUUCCUCGGCCCAUCACGCCAGUGAAAACACCGCUAGAGGCCAUGAAGUCUGAGAGCUCCACAGCCGUGGCGAUGGCAGUGCUGUGUAGCUCCCCACAGGAUGCUGCUGUUGCCCACAGGCUUCAGGCACAGAGACCAGCUGGAAAUGUCCCAAACGAUGGCCGAACAACACAGACACAAAGUCGGCCUCCUCCUUCACCAAGUUCCACUUCUCUUCCUCCACGGAGCAGCUCACGGAGGUCCAGUUGUGCAUCCCCUCGGAGCCCUGUUCUUCCUUCAAAAAACCCCAGUGCUUCCCCCAGAAGCCAGUUGCUGCCUCGGAGGGAAAGUCCUUCUCCCUGCCGGCAGCAUAAGCCAGGGACUGCCCUUCAGCGAGUUCCACCUUCCCCCCGACCUCAGCCCCAAGCUCAGGCCCCGGGGCCAACAGGAGACUCCCUGCCCUCUCCUGGUGUGGCCAAAAAACGUCAAAGAGGAAAAACCCAGACUCAGAGUCCAGCAACCAAAGGAAAGCAGGUGUCCCCGGAAAGUAAGGCAGCUGCCAGAUAAUGAUCCUCUGCCAACCUGACAGACUGGGUAACUUCUGCAUAUAGUAUACACUUGAGAUGCUGCAGCACAGCCUUCCAUGCCGGAACCACGAGUGUAUAGCAGUAGCUGUACUUCAAUGCUUCACUCACUCUCCCCCCACACCGUCGCGAUCAGCUCCCACGGGCCUGAGAGCCUCUGAGCCACGGAGCCUUCUUCGAGGGAAACAUCCAGUCCGCAGCUCACGCUUGCUACUGCACAGCACCAAGCAGCACCCAGGCAGCCUGCCUAGUGCCUAACCCUCCCCUCUCCCUAGGCAUUCCCCUCUCUCUGUUAGCAAUACCAGUCGCCAAUACCGACCCUGGCUUCGGAAAGAGGAGCAGAGGUGAUGAGAGCAAGGCCUGCUGGGGAGGAAGGCUCCUGUCCUGCAAGCAGCUCCCUCCUCUCUCUUUGCUGGAGAACACCAGCCUUGGCUGCCAGCACCUGGGUGUUGGCUCACCUCCUGCCACCCGUGUAAGCGAAGGAUUGUCACCAGCUCGGCCAAGGGUGAUGGAUGUGUCGUGAGCUGAGAGAAGAGGAGCAGGAGAGGGGUGGAGGGGGUUUUGCUCUCCUUCCCAGAGGUGCCUCUGCAGGCAGGAGGGGGAGGCAGGCAGGUCUUGCUGGAUGCUCCUACCUGCUCCAGGGUGUCCCACAGAGGAGGCAGUCUGUUUCUGCAGAUGCCCAUGUGGCAGGUGUUUAGGUGGAAGUAGGGCUGUAUUGGCAGCUUGCUGGGAAAUCAAGAGCGCUUGCUAAUUGAUGUGGAAGAGAGCACACUGCAGCUGCUUCUGUCUCAAAUACCGAACUGUGACCUGCGGAGACCACAUCUCCCAACACGGGUGGUUCCUCUCAACCUCUCAAAGUGUGGUCGGUGCCGCAGUUCUGUAGUCCACCAGACACAGCUCCAUCCUGAAGAUGUGAAUAGUCACUGGAUGCCUUCAGCUCAGGUGCCCUCUGCACCGAAAUUCCUUGUGCUUUAUUGUUCACGCUCUUGGUGUUUGUGAAUUUUGGCACUGUGGUUGAAAGUUCCCCUACACAGCAGGGUGGGAAAUAAUUAUCCUGUAGUAUAUUCAAAAGCUGCUGCUUUGCAAGGAGAGGUUUGCUGGUACACCGUGGGUAUCUCGUGCAUUUCUAACGGGGAGAUCGGGUUUAUGUCUUUCUCUUUCUCGGUGCUCAGCUCUUCCACACGUUGCGUGAGAACUAACAAUGUGAAUACAAAAGCAAGGGCUGUGCUCUUCAAAUAAUCUUAUCAGAGCAGAAGCUUAGCUCUCACUUAGAAUUAUGCACCAACUUUUUAGCCCCCCAACUAAUUAGGAAGGUUUGAAAAUUUAAGCCAGGAGGAUUGAUACCUGUCUGAGCCUGAUGAGAUCUUGAAGUAGUCACAAAAUUUUCCCCUCGCCGCACAGGGGGAAACACUCCAGACCCGAAUACUUUGGGCUUCACUCCAUUGUCAUGCCUAAAAGAGGCUUUGCAUGAGGCAGAACAAAAAUGUGGAUGUUCUGCCCACCCAUUCCUGCAGCUGCAACUAGCAGCGUCAGUAAAUAUUUGCAGACAAAAAAGCUCGAUGGAGGAAUCUGGAUGGUAAUAACCUUGAUUCAUUGAACACACAUGCAAACAGCCACAUUCAUGGCCAUCAAGUCCAAGGAAUCCUGAAGUUGUUCACAUCUGCAGGAACUGCUCUGGAAAGCAUGGAGCGUGAGAGCUGUGAUGGGGUGGCUGGGAGAACAGGGCACUCCUUGAACAUCUGAAGAGGGAAAUGCCUAGAAAUAGGUGAUGGGAAUUACCUCUUUACACAACAGUUCCAGUGUUGGCAACACUAGGAAUUUAUGUUAUACAGCUCAAAAUGUUUGUUGUUCUCCUUAAAAGUUGUUCGCCCUUGUAGAGUAAGAAGCAUAGCUUCUAGGCUAAAAACACAUCCCAGCUCUCAUCUCUGAAGAGAAGCGUUGGGAACUCCACACCUAGGUUGUGGUUUGAUGGACUGAGCUGCCUUUGCCACCAACAGCAGAGGUCCCUCCAAGUUCCAGCUGCUUUUUGCACUGUCCCACCUUACGCUGGGGCAGCUGUUUGGUGAAGUGGCUGGGCACAUGGAUCCAGUAGGACAACAAGCACUCUGGUUUGCUGGUUUAGUUUUCACCUAUUCAUCAGUCAGGUUUAGCCUUUGGUCACACAAACGCUUCUGCCAGAAGUGGAGGAAGGAGAGGACAGAGAGUGCAUCCACUUCUUCUGGGGGCACGAUGCCUUCACAUGAGUUUGAAGUGUUGGUCCAAAUACGUCCUAAAUAUGCCCCACGUGUUUUGAAACUAGAAAACAGAAUAAACCCAAACUUACAGAUUCUUUCUGGAAAUACAAAUGGUAAUGACACUCCUAUUGCUUUGUCAAGAGACCAUUCAUUUUGGAGUGCUUAGAUGGUAAGACUUUGUCAGCGAAGCCAUUACCAGAUGCUCCAUCCAGGUCUUAUACAUGCCAAAAAGACAUUGAAAGAGCUUGGAAAGAGUGCUGUAGGACUAUUUAUAGGAUUAGCAAACCUGCCUUAUCGUGGGAGGCCAAUGAAGCACAAUCAUUGUAUUUGUUCAAUCCAUCUAGCACAGGAAAGCAGGAAAGACUGAGUAGCUGAGAAUGGCAGGUGAAGAAACUGGGCAAGCUUUUAGUUGUGAAUUGACUAUCCAGCGAAAUCUUUCACAGGAAUGUGGUGACUUUUUAUUAUUAAAAAGGUUUUCUGAGAAACCUCCGUGUCUUCUAAGAGGUCUUCCUACCAUGACCCAACCGCGAGUAGCGGGCAGGAUGCUGCUGACACCAAGGUGACAGCUCCCUGGUGUGGUGCAGUCAUUUCCCCAUCAUGCAAGACACAUGCCGCAUGUUGGAGAGCCACCAGAGAGGUCCCACAGGUUUCAGAAAGUCAGUGAAAGAUUUCCAGCACAGGAGAUAAAAGCCUUUCCUCGUGCUGUUUGACAGGGCUGGGCUGAUGGUGCAGCUGGAUCCACACAGAUCUGGGAGCACCGGCACGUGCUCCAGGAUUUGGUGGCUUGCUGGUUUGGGUUAACCCCGCAGGGCCAGGGACUCAUUCCCUACUUCCCCUCGGCAGGCAGAUGUUCAGCCAUCUCCAGGAAAGCAGGGUCCAUCACAUGGAAUAGCUUCUUGAGAAGAUAAAUGCCAUAGGUCUGAUUGUCCCCUCCUCCUCCUUAUUUCCUCCCCGGUUUUAUUGUUCAGCAUGAUGCCAUAUGAUAUGGAAUAUCCCUCUGGUUGCUUUGGGCCAUCUGUCCUGGGUCCUCGCUGGCAGGGCAGCACGAGAAGCUGAAAAGCCCUUCAGUGGUAGCACUGCUCUGCAAUAACUAAAAUAUCGUUGUGUUACCAACACUGUUUUCAUCACAAAUCCAAAACAUAGCACAGUGUGAGGCUCUAUGAAGAAAAUUAGCUCUAUCCCAGCCAAAACCAGAAUGCUUGCUCCCUGUUCCAGGUGUCAGCAGAGAUGCUGAAAGCAGACAAUCUAAGCUUUCUCUGGCCCUGAAGGACAAGGUGCCCUGUUACAACCCCAGAAGGCAGGAAAGGCAUGGCCCUGCUGUUCCCUGCCAUGGAACAUGGUGCACGGGCUCUGCCGAGCCUCGAGGACACGCAGGGAUGCUCAAACACCCCCAGUAGCAUAAGCAGAGAAGAUCCAGCUGACCAGACCAGAGGAAACAUGUAGAAAAAAUAAAUAAAUGUGCUUGGAGUUGGGGGAGGAGAAGCAGACUUCCCAACACUUUUCCACAUUUGUGGGGAUUUCUGGAAGCAGCCUGACACGACGCAUAGGUUCCCUGUUGGUGUGUUUGCUGCAGGAUCUGUCCUGGCCAGUUGCACAGGGCUGUAGUUUUUGAGGGGACUCCUGGAACAGCCCGCUGCCGUGCUUGUGUCUGUGUGUGCAUGUGUGUGGGUGGCAGGGAUGGUUUGGAUUUGCUCAGGAGUAUGCCCAGAGUUGAGCUUUGUGGGGUCUUGUGCGUGCUGGGAGCAAAAGUGUCUUUGAGUCUACCUGGUAUCGAGAGAUGCCGCAAACACUCUGCUGAGAGUUUUUGCUUUUUUUGGGAUCUGCAAAUGUCCUGCCUGCUUUCUUGUGUGCUGGCUGAGAAGAUGGGCUGCUAAAAAUGCAUCAAUGGGUGCUGUCUGUCCAGGAGACAUUUACAGAGAAACUGGGAUAUGGGAGUAUGGCAGAUCUGAAAGACAGUUCUCAGCACUGCAACAGCAUGACGACAGGUUAUAUGGGCAGAGGGAGCAAAAAGACUGAUGGUGCCCAUCAGGAUAAUGCCGUGGAAGAGCGUAAACACGUGCUGGAGACACUAACCUGAACUUGGUUGGCAGGACAUACACUUCUGCUUGUCUUGGUGCAAAAGGUGUUUCAGUCACAGGCAUCUCUGAGCCGUGCUUGGAAGUUGUGAGAGGCAGGACACUUUGCUUGCCCUUUCUAAGUAGAGAGUAUUAUAAUAUAUAUAUAUAUAAAUAUAUAUAAAAUUAUAACGAUAUAAUAUAAGUAGUGUCCAUUAUAUAUAGUGGCUAAAGGUUGAAAAGGAUCCUGGUACCCUCGAAGAAGUGCCCUGAUGCUACGUGACUUCCAGGGUGUGCAGGACCGUGCGGUGACGUGGGUGGCGACACAGCGUACCCCUCUGAGUGAGUGAGGCUCCACGAACCAGGGGCCAAAACACACCGCCUUGGACGGUGGGCAGCCCUUGUGCCUGCCAUCAGAGUUGUAAUAACCAUGGAUCUGGGUCUGGAGACCGCUCGGGUGGUGGCCCUUCACCGACACAAGCACGGUGUUGUGUGCUAGUGGCGUGCUUCGAUCCAAAGCAAGUUGUGUUGGGGCAAGAGUAUCUUUGAUGUUUCUCCUUCCCAGCACAGAGGUGUUUUCUCAGUAUAGAUCCUCUGUCAGAAGAUGGCUAAACAUCUCCUUACAGCCUGACCAGCUCCAGCAGUAGCUCGAUGGUCCCUUAGCACACCUCUCCCUUCCCUGUAUAGUUUACUGCCCCGUGGCAUGAUCCCACCACUACUCCUUGUGCACAGACACUGAUGCCCACCUAAGGCCUUGCUCCACACAUCAAUAAACUGCAGUUAAAUUAAUCCCGUGAACACGGUACAAGUCCCUUUGUGGACCUGAUGAGUUUGGCUUCGAACAAGCUUCUUCUGGCUUAACUGGCCCGUGCUCUAUCUGCGCUAGGCUGGUUUGACAAAGCACACAGGGACCACCUGGGCAUUUGCAACCACCUGUAACUCCAUCCAUUUGCCAGCUGCUCCAAGGUCCUUUCCUCUUGUUUUGUGUGUCUGAACCACUGAGAGCAGGGUGAGUGCCCAAGGACUCCCUGCUGGCUGGCUCCCACAGUCCUCUGCAGAACCCUAAAUAUUUUUUGCUCUUCCUCAGCCUCUUGCUGAUCUUUGAAGGACUGGGACCGUGCUGAUGGUAACAGCAGAGGCAGCUGAUGUUAAGAUAGCAGGAAGGGAGCUACCACAGCAAAUCCACGGGUAGGUUCCUAGUAGGGACCAAGGUGUGAGCACGGGUUCGCUGAGGGAGGCAGGGGCUGCUGUCUACGUGGCACUCGAGUAAAUGGCUGCUGGGGUACCAGGGUAGUUCUUGGGCUGCCAUCCGCAGGUGGUGUGAAGAACUCUGCAGAACACAGGGGCUAGGCAAGGAGUCCACAUCUAAAUCCAGUCCGUGUGUGAAAACCAGUGUCAGUGACACUGCUGUCGUGUGGGACCUGGGCCGCUUCUUCUCUGGACGGGAAUUGGAGCUGGAAACGCAGAUAAUUUUGUAUAUCUCCUUUCAACACAUUACCCUGGGACUCUACACUCAGACAUCAUAGCUGGCGCACCGAUGUUGUUUUCCUUCACCUCUUGACACAGUCCGACAAAGUCUUUUGGCCUGGAGACAGGACUCUUGCUCCUUGGUACUGUCUGGGAAUGCGACUGGGUCCCGAGGCUAAAUCUCUCUACAUAUCUCCUUUGCAUUCGUUAGGAAAGCAGCUCGAGAAUGUUUACACACUGCAAACAGAAUGUACAACUCCGACCAGGAACCACAAUCCGGUUCAACUGCAUGGCAAAUUUCUUGGCCAUAAAAUCUGGCAUGCAUCACAGAGGCCCUGUCUGUGUACAGAUCCACCCGGCAUUUGUCAUAACUUCAGAUCACGUCUUAAAAAAGAAAAAAAAAAUAAACGAUGAUGCCAUUUCUUGUUCAUACCAGACACAGUUGUCAUUAAAUUUGUUAUUAAAAGGGGGUUUCUUGAUCAUGCCAUUAAAAGCCUGUCUACCUUUUCA